AUGGCCACUUACAGGUUAUUCAUAUUGAUCCUGCUAAUAUCUGUCUGGUUUUCUAAGAUUCAUAGCUAUAAUCUUCAGUCUGCCUGCGAAUUGGCCGAGGAUCCUAAGUCAUGCCUCUCUAGUUUACUUCAACAUCCAAGCUCUUUAAGAGCUAGUCCCAAAAAUAUCACCAAAAUUGCUUUGUACAGAAGUUUAAGUAAAGUUCAAAGGGUGAAAGAUCUGAUUCCUCCUCUGGGUUGGGUAGGCAGAGCAUUCGAUGGAAAAAUGAGCAGUGCAAUUGGACAUUGCUUAAAUUUUUAUGAUCUUGCUAUACAAAAUUUGAAGGACGCUCAGAUAAGAUUGUCUCGUUCUAGUAGUUUUUAUGAUUUGAAGUGGUCUCAUGCAGUCCACAUUCAGACUUUACUAAGUGCGGCUCAAACUGAUCAGCGGACCUGUGAAAGAGCCCUUCAUCAUGCCAAUGUAGAUUUCAGUGAAUUCACGUUCACUAAUGGCAUGCAUAGUGCCUCGAAGGCUGUAGGUGACAGUAUGGCUGUGGUUAAGAAAUUGUGGAUCUUGAACAGGGCUCCAAUCCACCACAAGCGACGUCUGUUAUCUGAUGGAUAUGAUUUGGGCCUGGUUGAAGAUGGGUUUCCUUGGUGGGCGUCUCGUUCAGAGAGGAGAAAGCUUUUACAGACUUUUGAAUCUUCCCGAACGGACGCAACCGUGGCGCAAGAUGGCAGUGGAGAUUAUACGACAAUUACAGCAGCCAUUAAUGCUGUUCCUGUGAAUAAUCCCCACAGAUACGUGAUCCGUAUCAAACGAGGAGUGUACAGAGAAAACAUUCAGGUGCCCCGUGAGAAGCCUAAUAUUAUGUUGGUGGGAGAUGGCGUGGACGCCACUGUCAUUACUAGUAGCAAAGGCACCGGUGAUGGAUAUGGAUUCCUCGACACUCCAGCUCUAGUUGUGUACUCGAACGGUUUUGUGGCUCGUGACAUUACAUUUCAGAACACAGCAGGUCCAGCAAAAGAGGUGGGAGUUGCACUCAUGGUGGUAUCAAACAAUGCAGCCGUUUACCGUUGCAAGUUGGAGGGCUUCCAAGACACUCUGUACGCGCAUUCCAUGCGUCAAUUCUACAGGGAAUGCGAAAUCUAUGGAACCAUCGACUUCAUCUGCGGUAACGCUGCAGCAGUCUUCCAGAAAUGCAAGAUUUAUGUUAGAACACCCCUCCAGGGCCAACAAAAUGUGAUCACAGCUCAAGAAAGAGAGAUCCCAAAUGAGAAUACAGCAAUAGUUAUUGACAACUGUCAAGUCAAUCAGGACACCGAGGUGCAAACGUUGUCUGGGGGCUCUGUGGCGACGUACCUGGGGAGGCCCUGGGGACACUACUCUCGCACUGUUUACAUCAAUACUUAUUUGGGCGGUUUCAUCGACCCAGAUGGCUGGUUUCCAUGGGGCAAUCGAGAUGACUCACAGACUGUAUUUUAUGGAGAAUAUAACAACAAAGGACCCGGGGCUGAUACUUCAAGACGAUGCAAAUGGCCUGGCUUUCAUGUCCUCACCAGCCCCUCUAGUGUUGCACCCUUUAGUGCAUCUGCUUUGCUCCAGCUCGAAGAUUGGCUGCCAUCGGGAAUACCUGCUGACCAAGACACCUAA